AUGAACAUCGUCGAAGCCAGCAUUGGCGACCUGCAGCAUGCCUUGACGACGGGGUCGGUAACCAGCGUCGAGCUUGUAACAAAGUAUCUACAGCGCAUCGUCACAUAUGACACUCGCGGACCUUGCCUCAACUCGAUAGUACUAUUCAACCCCAGAGUCUACGAUGAAGCCGCUGCCUCUGACGCCAGACGCAUGUCUGGGCAGGUCGUUGGCCCGCUCGAUGGCAUACCUUACACGCUCAAGGACAGCAUGAUGUAUGUAGGCAUGACUUGUGCUACUGGCUCGCCUGCUUUCAAGGAUCUCCAAGCAAGUCGAGACUCCUUCGUCGGCCAGCAACUUCGCAAGGCAGGAGCGGUGCUUAUCGGGAAGACCAACACGCCACCCAUGAUGGCUUCCGGCAUGCAUCGUGGGCUCUUCGGUCGGGCAGAAAGUCCAUAUAACCUCGACUACCUUACCGCUGCUUUUUCAUCCGGAUCAUCGAACGGUUCCGCAACUUCGACGGCUGCCAGCUUUGCAGCGUUCGGACUUGGAUCGGAGACAGUGUCUUCGGGCAGAUCCCCUGCAUCGAACAAUGGCCUUGUUGCAUACACGCCGUCGCGGACAGUGAUCUCGCCGCGUGGCAUCUGGCCUCUAUAUCCGACCUGCGAUGUUGUGGUCCCCCAUACACGGACGGUCGCAGAUAUGCUCGCGGUAUUAGAUGUUCUGACAACAGAAGAUGCCAUCACUGAAGGCGACUUCUGGCGUCAGCAGAAAUUUGUCGAUGUGCCAAGAGUGGAUCGGCCGCAGUCAUGGUCUACGCUCAAAGAGGGUUCUACAAAUUCAUUGCAAGGCAAACGCGUCGCAGUCCCGGCCAUGUACAUCGGCGGAAAGAUUGCAAAUGCCAAACCAGUAACGACGUCCCCUGAGGUACUGGAGCUGUGGAAGCAAGCUCGUCUUGACUUGGAAGCAUUGGGUGCCACAGUGAUCGAAACAGACUUCCCUCUAGUUACAAAGUACGAAGAUGACUCGGCUUCAGGACACGCAAACAAUGUGGAAGGAUUCAAGCCCGGCUGGAACAGUGUGGAACGCGGCGAGCUUGUAGCAUAUCUUUGGGAUGACUUCUUGAAAGCGAACGGCGAUCCUGGUUGUCCUGAUCUCAGUUCUGUUGAUGGCAGCCAAAUGUUCCCAGCUCGUCCCGAAGGCUACCUUCCGGAUCGUUGGCUAGAGACAAAGAACUUCAUUCACUAUCCUUCCCUGGUAGAGCUGGCACGGAAGCGUCAUGGCAAGUCGAUAUGGAGCAUCGAUGGUAUCGCUGAGGCGCUUCCAGCUCUCGAGGCGGGACGCAAGCGUGACCUCGAGGACUGGAUGGAUGCCAACGGUAUCGAUCUUGUUGUCUUCCCAGCGAAUGGUGAUGUUGGUAAGGCUGAUCUGGAGAGCAACGGAGAGAGUGCAAGGCAUGCGCUCCAGAACGGUGUCAAGUACAGCAAUGGCAAUCGUGCUAUCCGACACUUCGGCGUGCCGACCGUGUCCGUCACGAUGGGUCUCCUGAGCAAGUCUUGUAUGCCGGUCAAUCUUACAUUCGCGGGAAAGCAUGGCCAGGAUAGUGAUCUGCUUCGUUAUGCGUACGCGUUCGAGCAGCGAACCAAGCGGAGAAUAAUGCCUCCUGUAACACCAGCCUUGACGUCGGACCAUCUCGAUCUCGGCCGGAAGGAAAUGAAUCCCAGCUCGCAUCGUCCGCAGCUUAGCCUGUCCAUGGUCGCUGCCCGACGAAGCGAGCCUGAAAAGGCCAGCGUAUCAGGGGAAGUGCAAGGUCAGCUCGAUGACGAUGAUCUAGUACACGUGUCCCUGUACGUAAAGCAUGCUGACAAGGAUAUGAGCCUUCCGUCGGUAGAGCUUGAUGGUGUGAAAGGUCGCUGGAAUGUCGACGUGGACAUAGUGGAGUUCAUGCCAUCUCGGCCAAUGUAUGGUGGGUAUGGUGAAGGUGUCGAAAAAGUCGUCAUCGUUGUCAUGGCGAAGAGCAAAGCAGGAAUUGCAGGCAAGUUGAUGCUGCUCGAAUGA